AAUGGCUACCCCCAUGUGAAAGUGUGUUAUGUGUUCUGAUCUUGGCCUUUUUUUUCUACCCAAUUGGUCUGUUUAGUUUUAUUUCACCCAACACAUCAAAUAACGAUGACAGCGGAAGGAGUUUAUAAAUUAUUACAGCGACAGACGUACACCUGUCUUUCGCACCGGUACGGUACGUUUCUUUGUUUUGGAGGCGUGGUGUUAGUUCUAAUAUCGGCGCUCCAGUUCGGGGAGGUUGCUAUGGAGUGGAGCAAAGUACAAUAUGAAGUUAUUUUUAGUAUAUAUUCCGAUAAUCUAGUCUCCAGGUCAUUUCAAGACAGAAUGUGUUUACCAGUUCCAAUAGAUGUAGUGUACACAUGGGUGAAUGGGAGCGACCCAAAACUUUUACUAGAUUUAAAAAGAUUUAAAUCGGAGUAUGAAAAGCAGGGAAACAAAACUAAGGAGCAUUCAGAAGAUGGACUUUAUAUCGACGGAAACCAGACAAAACAAAUCAAAUGCAAAUUUAAAGACUGCGUGCCAUCCAAUUUUCUAGUUCUCAAAACAGUUUUGCCGCAACAUGUUACGUUAAAACAGUUGCAAAAAGAGAAUGCAGAUCUUAGAAUGGCUGUCAGAAUGUUUAAUGUUACCAUGUCAACAGAAGAUAACAACAAUUAUACUGUGAUACAGUUGCCAUGGAAACAAACUGAAAUCGAUGUGUUCAACCAGCCAAUAACGCUUGAAGGGAUGAACCUCACAGUCAGCAAAGGUUUUCUAACGACUGAUUGGACAGCUCAACACAGUGUUUAUCUUGACAACACUAUAAUUAUGACAGGGCUGCCAAAAGACAUGGAGGAUGACGAGAUUUGGAAAGUACUACCAGAAAAUUUUAGACAGAAUGUAGAAUUUGUUGAUUUAUAUGAAAAGCGUGGUUUAGCAGUCAUCAGUUUGACAGACAAACAGGCGGUGCAUUCCUUUCUAAGUCAGUCUGAGCUUUAUUACGGAGAAGACAGUGAAAUUAAAGUGACUACUGGUAACCUAGUCUGGCUCAUGCAUCCGUCUGAUCAUGAUACUCAAGAUAUGUCAGCCAAUAGAUUUGAAGAUAAUGAGGAAUUACGAUACUCUAUUCGGUCGAUAGAGAGGUAUGCUCCGUGGGUCAGGCACGUUUUUAUAGUGACUAACGGCCAGAUACCCUCAUGGUUAAAUUUAGAUAAUCCAAAGUUAACCAUCGUUACACAUGAAGAAAUCUUUUCCAACAAAAGUCAUUUACCAACUUUUGGAUCACCAGCGAUCGAAAGUCAUUUACAUCAAAUUCCCGGUCUCUCUCAGAAGUUCAUUUACCUCAAUGAUGAUGUAAUGUUUGGCAAAGAAGUGUGGCCUGAUGAUUUCUACACGCAUUCUAAUGGACAAAAGGUGUACCUGACGUGGCCAGUACCAAACUGUAAUGACGGCUGUCCAUCGUCUUGGAUUAAAGAUGGCUACUGUGACAAAUCGUGUAAUAUAUCCGAGUGUGAAUGGGAUGGCGGGGAUUGCGACGGUGUGGAGCCUGGUGGUCAGUAUGGAGACCUAGGUUGGGGAUUUGAUACGGGCGGCGGCCCAUCAAAAAUGUACUGUGCUUCCGGUUGUGCUAAUGGUUGGGUCGCUGAUAGAUACUGUGAUCAGUCUUGUAAUGUUGCAGACUGCGGUUUUGACUCUGGUGAUUGCGGUGUUUCGGGCGUGCGUCAGUUAUUCUCAGUGGAUAUUGACAGACACACGUCACAUACAACGUUACCCAAAGGUCUGCAGGUCGUCUAUUUCAACGUUACCCCAGUUUUUGGCGGUGGUUCCAUCACAGAUGCUAAAUAUGACAAUAAUGCUGUUGUCCGUGCUGCGACAGUCACAAAUAAAUUCAAAUUUAUCAGUUUAUUACUUUAUCCUGAUUUUAAUUCAACUGAGCUCACAUUCUAUGUACAUGGCAUAGACUCGAACAAGGAAGACACCAAGAUUACAUUUAAUGUGACUGUAAACACUAAUCCGCCAAGUGGAUCGUUUGUGACAGCAGAGGAGAAAAAGAAGUUUAAACUACAGCUGGCAAAAUCACGAACUAGCUCAAAUGAAGUAGAUAGCACAACACGAAAGACGUCAAGAGAAGAUGAGAAUGUGAUAAUAUUCGAGGAGAUACCUCCAGAGAAGAGGGCGCCUAAAAUUGGAAUGAAAUCUGAAGAGCUGGGUGUAGAAAUUGGGGACUUGGAAGAAACACUGAAGUCACUUCCUGGGGAAGUGUCUCUAGUUUUAGAAGAACUUUAUGAGCAAGUAGAAGAAGGAGACUUGACAGAAAAAGGUUAUCAGAGAAAGCGAAGAAAAAUUGUUGCCAACUAUCUCAAGACGGGAGAGUUGCCAUGGAAACCAGAAGUCAGAGGAGAAGAAGAUGCUAAAAAUGGUGAAGUGGAAAAAGAAGAAGGUUUUGCGGGUAAGGAAAUAAGUCUGGAGGAACAGAAGAUGAAGCUGUUAGAUGGUUUAGGAAAAGGCGAUGAGUUGGAGAAACAAGUCAAAGAUGUUGAUGAAGGUGUCCGGGAUCAGGUGAUAGGGGAGAAAAUACCUGAAGCAAAUGAGGAUCACCAGAAACUUCAGGGUUUGUCACAUGAACAACAAGAGGAAAAUAUUGAAGAUCACCAUGAUAAUGACGAUGAUAACCAAAAUGCUCAAAAUGUUGGUCCCAAUUUGAGACGAUUGGAUAUGAAUGUUGAUUAUGAUGACGAAAAUGCAUUCAAGGGAAACGCAAGGCAUCUGAACGGUUUUAAUGACGCUGUAGAAAUGAGAAGGGGUGUGGAAGAUGAAAAUAAAGAAGCGUUGCAAGUAAAUUCCUGGAAGAGUAGAACGCUUGCAAAUGUUGAUGCAGAAGAAAUGGAGAAAAUUAUGAAUUCUAACGAUAAUUUUUUCAAAAUGACGAGUUUCUUACCAUGGGAGAAGAAAGAUGUGUUUAAAGAUGUUGUGAAGAUUAAAAAGAAACAACAAGUUGAUGCCUCGUCAUAUGAUGUGGAACCAAGACAAAGCCGUCGUUUGCUAGACACGUUUGGUGAUUCACUGAGGCAUGUGAAUAAACUUUAUAACAAGAAAUUUGGGUUUGAUGCGCGUAAAGUGCCAGCUCAUAUGCCUCAUAUGAUUGAUAAAUAUAUUAUGAAGGAAUGUGAACUGAGCUUCCCAGAAGAGUUUGAUGCAACCUCCUCGCACAAAAUCCGACAUUCGAAUGACAUGCAGUUCGCUUUCUCCUACAUGUAUUUCAUGAUGGGACAAACAAUCGAGAUGAGCCCUUCUGAAAUAUUUGAUGUAUAUGAUACCGAUAGGUCAGGGUAA